GCGGGGAAUGCGCGGGGGAUGCGCCGGGGAUGCGCGGGGGAUGCGCGGGGGAUGCCCAGGAAUGCGCGGAGAACCCGCAGCCCAGGCCACGCCGUGGUUUCCACGUCCCGCGGAUGCAGGAAAUAGGUAGCCGUGGUUAUGGGGUUCUCUUAAGCCAAGCAGCACCAGCAUCCCUUGGAAAGUUUUUCCGCCCCAAAGGCAUCGGCAGCUCAACUGGAGGGCUGGAGCAGAAGAAAGCGUGGCUUGUGUGGCUGAUGGAGCCAGCCUUUCUGGAAUGUGAAUAAGAGCUUUCACUUAAUGUACAUCACUGUACUGCCUUGAUAACUGCACUUGAUAAGCCUGCUGAAGCUAAAUAGGCGAGUUUUACAUGGAGGACUGUCAGAAGAGCGGAGAAUGAGGUGGACUUACCAUGAAGGACACAAAGCUCUGGGUGAUGAUGAGCUGCACAUGAACAGUGUUUGCCUCAGAGGAUGGAUGUGAGUGACAGUAACAUUUGUGACACAGGGGGGAAGCAUCCAAAUUAUCCUAGAAAGGCCAUGAAGCAGGUGGGCCAAAGCUGUAGCCUGCAGAAGGAGAUGGACAUGGAUUACUCCUGCAGUCCUCCUGGAAACUCUGCUAGACCCACAGGAAAGCAGGAGUGCUGUGGAGACAAAGAAACCUGUGACACCUACCACCAGAAACCAGGUGAGAUUCCAGCUGGGGAGUCUGCCCCCUCCAGCAACAGCUUCCCCCUGCAGAGUGAAGAGGAGGAUUUAGAUCACUGCUCCUCUGAGCGCCCCAGGAAACCACAGACAACCACGAAACUCCGUGAGGACAACAGGAGCGCUGCUCUCGGGGAUGUGUUUGGUGAGGACCUGGAGCCUGUCCCCCAGGAAGCUCUGCCCUAUCGAUGCAAGAAGUGUGGCUCCUCUUUCCGCAGUGUGAGCGAGCUGCAGGAGCACAGGCGAGCUCACCUGCUGGAAAAUUCCUACCGCUGUCCCAUCUGCGCCAAAGCCUUCUCCCGCGCGGCCAACCUGCGCAUGCACAAGCUCAUCCAUUCCAGCGAGAGGCCGCACAAGUGCCCGGAGUGCGACAAGGGCUUCAUCCGCACGGCCGACGUCUGGAGGCACCUGCGCAACGUGCACAAGAUCGAGCGCUCCAUGGUGAUCCUGGCUAACGGCAUGGCCAGGAACCCCUGGUCCGUGGUGCACCGCAGCCAGCGCGGUGUUGAGUGCCCAGAUCAGCCUUGUCCUGGAAACCCAAAGUCUCAGGAAGAUGACUUCAAGCCUUACGCCUGCCCGACGUGCGGCAAAGGCUUCGAUAAGCCCAACCUGCUGUCCAAGCACAAGGUGAUCCACCGGGAGGACAAGCCCUACAAGUGUCAGGAGUGUGGCAUGGCGUUUGUGCAGCUGCUCAGGCUCAAGAGACACCAGCAGACUCACUCUGGGGCACGGCCCUUCUAUUGUGAGGAGUGUGGAGGGACCUUCACCCGACUGGCAUCGCUCCAGCGCCAUCACCGCAUCCACACCGGAGAGAAGCCCUACUCCUGUAACUUCUGUGGGCAUUCCUUCACCGAGUCAGGGACCCUGCGGAGGCACGAGCGCACACACAAGCUGGACAAACCUUAAUUUGAGGUCUCUGUGGUUGCUCUGUACCUGAUCAAGGUCCGCUCAGUUGGGCUGGAAAAGCACUCCACAGUGUGUGCUCUGCCCAGUCCAGACCCACAGCCCAGCAGUGUCUGACAGGGAAUGCUGCAUCACAGGGAGCUCUGGAAGUUGUACUGGGAAGGAUUGCACUGCCUAGCUUUAAACUGCUUUGUAUGAGAAAAUAACCUAAUUACCCUUGAGUAAUGAAAUGGGAGACUUGAGGAGACUGAAACCACUCACAUGUGCUUGCGCUGUCUCUGUUUGCUGGACGGGAGAUGCAUCCUCUUGAGCUUUGUGCAGGAUGUGCAAGCAGAGGCUGUGAGAAUUCACUGGAUAAAUCAACCCUGCCCUCUUGAGUGUGAUGGGUCUUUGACACUGGGUUUGGAGAUCCCUUGACUCGCUAAGUUAGAACAGUCCAGAGUUGUCCCUCUAUCCCUUCUUUCCUUGUAUUUUGCUGAGCUUUUCUUUCCGUUGCAUUUCUUUUUUUUGGAAGGGGAAGUAUCCAGUUGGUUAUUUAAAAAACAAACUCCACUUAAAAACCAGUUCCUUAAUAAACACAACAGUUACCAGCUGUAUUUCAGAUUGUUUCUAUCUGAGGGAGUACCAAUGCUUUAUGCAUUUUGAGUGAUGGGUUGAAUGUCUGUCAAUAAUGGAGAAAGCUUUAUUUUGACUAUGGUGGUGCAUGCUCUUGGGGUGACAUUUGUGUCCCUGAUAGAACCAUAGAAACUAAAUCUAACCAAUGGAGUAUUGUGGAAGGAAAUGCCUGAGGACACAAAAUUCAAAGAGCAAAAGACCAAAAGCUACUCAUUGCACAGGAACCUUUUUCAUUUAAAUGUUUUCACACACAGGAAAGCUUCCCAUAACAAAAGCAUGUUCUGUGGUGUGUCCAAGUACUGUCCAAUGUGUCUGUUAGAUUCUUCACUUUGAUUUAGAUUCAAAUGGUUAGUGAAGAAAAAAUUCCUUAGGAAUUACCCUGGCAGACUUGGGCAGGUGUUGAUAAAUACUCCAAGGCUGUAACUUCCAAGAAAUGUGCAAUGCCUCAGUGUCAGCAGUGGGGCUUUAACUUUGAUACUUAAUCAUGGCUUUAAAUCUACUUUUAACCACUGUGGUAGAAGCAUCCAGUUUGUCCUGAAGUUUCAGUCUGAAUUUCUUUUCCCUGUCAGAAGGUUUUGCUUCUUUCUUUCCUUUUUCCUUACCAGCUGCCAUAAUUUCAUUAAUUUCUUUGUAAGGCUUUCUGGCUUUUCAGUGGAAAGUUGUGCAGCAGAGUGAAGGUAAAGCUCUAGGGUAGUGUACCUUUGCAUUUAUUACCAGGUUAUUUGAUAUAAAGUACUGAUUGUGCAGUUUGUUCCCAUAUUUCAUAGAAUAAAAAGGGAUGUUGGCAGCUCAGCACCUCCCACCUGUGCAGCAGCUGAGCAGGUGUCACACAGUGGGUCCUUCUGUGUUUAGUGUCAGGUCCUUGGCUCAGGUCAAGAUGAACCACUGUCCACAGCAAAACUUUAGUUUGAUUUUAAAGGGGAGACUAAUUAGUGUCACUAAUGGAUCAUUUCCAUUUCAUUCCUCAAAGAAAUCUCCAGAUGAGGGAACUGCUGUGCAUCCUGCCUCCGAGGGAUGUGUUCUGUGCUCUGUGUGUGUCUGUAACUCUGGGAUGGCUGGGCCCUGAGCGAGACUUCUCCAGACUCCCCUCUGCAGGAAGCUCCAGUUCGGUUUUAGGUUUGCAAAGGGCCUUUGAUGGGGCCCCUUAACAACAGCCCAGUCUUACCUGAAGGCUGUGCAGCCUCUCAGAGAGGAAAAAUCUUUGCAUGAAAAGAAUCCUGGCUGGCUGUGGGUGAGUGAUCUGCUGAGGAAGGUCACAAGUGAUGCUCUGUGGGGACUGUGCUGUUCAGCACAGAGGUGAGCUAGAGAGAGGGCAGGCAGCAAAGUGACAAAGCUGUUCCGGAGGUUAUCAUGCAUUUAAGUUUCCACGCUCAUUUUCUAAUCCCAUUUUGAAGUUAUCAGCUAGAAUCUCUCCUGUUCAUCAUCCUGCUUUUCCUUUGGGUAUGGGAUGCUGUAGGGUGGUUUAAUAUCCAUUUAAACUGCACCACUUAUACACAUCUUUAUGUUGUGUGACAGUUCUGCCUAGGCAGUUAUGGUAAUUGGGAACAUCCAGUUAUUCUGCUCUUUGGUGCUAGCAGUCAGUGGAAUUUGUACCUCUGGCAUAAUGGUGGAAAUAUUUUGAGCAAAGGUCUGUUAUAUAGGAAGAGUAAAUGGUUGGUGAAAUUAAAAGUACCAGGCUUAACUAAAAGGUUAUUAAAAAGACACUUGCCUGGAAGGUUGACUUGCAUAUAAAGUGCUUGGAUGUGUGAAAGGAGUAAUUAAAAUGUGGGAUGGUUUCUGGGAAAAGUGUGUAGAACUCUCCUCAAAGAAACUUCAUUAACUCCUGGGCAAGGUACAGGGAUCCCCAUGGAGCUUAAUUUAACCCAGAGAUCAGCACUUCUGCACUUUACAUUUUUCACAUAAAGGUUUCAAAGUCUUUCCCAGGCCCUGACCCCUUCACAGUGUCAGUCAGAGUGGGUGAUAGCCUAAAACAGACACAGCCAGUCAUGACACGUAGCUGACAUGGGGCAAACAGACGUGCUCUGCAGCAUUAGGGAGGGAUUGAAGGGUCUGCUUUCAGCAGAAGAAAUUUUUCUUUGUCCAGAGUGGCCAGAAUAUCUGUUGGCUCAUUUGGAUCUGUGAAGGCCAUGGAAGAAACAAUUCCUUUGGCACUGUGUUCACAGGGCCCUCAUUGCCAGGGCAUUACAGGAAGCCUUUGGACAUGAGCAAAGGGCUGGAUCCCUGAGCUGGGAUCCCUGAGGAUCCUGAUUCAAUCACAGGAUA